CUGAAGACUGAAGACACUGCGUAUCGCCUGUUUCUCUCACAGCCAUUGCAGAGACCAGAGCCGCUCACAGUCCCGAGGACGGGACAGUUUGACAGCAGGGAGGGCGGGUCACUAAAGUAGCGCCAUCAAUAAUGACGGGCAGAAAUAAAAGAACUGAUUCCAGCAUGAAGACGAAGAAAGAUCCCGCCAAGCCGCGAGGCAAGAUGUCCUCUUAUGCAUAUUUUGUGCAGACCUGCCGCGAGGAGCACAAGAAGAAACACCCGGAAGCUUCGGUCAACUUCGCCGAGUUCUCCAAGAAAUGCUCCGAGCGAUGGAAGACCAUGUCUGGCAAAGAGAAAGGUAAAUUCGAGGACCUUGCCAAGCUGGACAAGGUCCGCUACGAUAGAGAGAUGAUGAACUACGUCCCAGCCCGGGGAUGCGGCAAGAAGAAGAAGUACAAGGACCCCAACGCCCCCAAGAGACCCCCGUCUGCCUUCUUCAUCUUCUGCUCAGAGUACCGCCCCAAGGUCAAAGGUGAGACUCCGGGUCUGUCCAUCGGGGACGUGGCCAAGCGGCUCGGCGAGAUGUGGAACGGCACGGCGUCCGAGGACAAGCAGCCGUUUGAGAAGAAGGCGUCCAUACUGAAGGAGAAAUACGAGCGGGACGUCGCCACGUAUCGCGCCAAGUGCAAAACAGGCGGCGGCAGCGCGGCGGCGAAGGCGCCGGCCAAGGUGGAGAAGAAGGACGAGGACGACGAUGAUGACGACGACGACGAUGACGAAGAGGAGGAGGACGACUACGACGAUGAUGACGAGUAGGCGCGGUGGUUACGUAGUGGUCGUUUUCUUGUUUAUAAAGCAUUUAACCCCUUGUACACAUUCACUUACUGAAAGAAAAUAUGUUAGUAUCAAGGGGCAGAAAAAAAACAAAAAAGGCUGUGUAUAUCGGUUGUUUUUAUGCUGUACACUUUGUUUCUCCUUUUUGUAUAGGUGACACUACACAAGUAUGGUGUGUGUAUCUUCUGCAGUUCUUCAGUGAUAGUUAGACCACUAUCCUGCCUGCUACAGUGGGAGGGGUGGGCUUACAGUAUUUACUAGCUAGAGGUGCACAGCACAUAAAAAACGAGUUAGACCUGAGUGUUCUCUCCUUUCUUUUCUUUUCCCUUCUCCUGUGUGUUUUUAUUUUAAAUGACAUGUUAUCAGAGUUGACGUAUCACAGUUGUUUUACUGAUCUUUAUGUACCACUGUAAUAGCAAGAAUAAGAAAAAAAAACGCCUUGUUUAUUGUUGAAAUUUAAAUCGCUUCUGAUGUCAAUAAAACUUUUUUUUAAUAA